AGUCAGUGUAGUGAAGUGAACCGCGCCGCACGGCCGGAGUGUGUAGGCCUACAAUGCACCACUAUCAGAGCCCCAGUCCGGGCACCAGCAUGUCACCCCUAUUACCCAGUUUCGGCUUUACUCAGGAGCAAGUGGCCUGCGUGUGUGAGGUGCUCCAACAAUCAGGAAACAUCGAGAGACUCGGACGAUUCUUGUGGUCUCUGCCUGCCUGUGAAAAACUACACAAGAACGAGAGCGUGCUGAAGGCUAAGGCGAUGGUCGCUUUCCAUCGAGGCAACUUCAAAGACCUCUACAGGAUCCUGGAGAGUCACCAGUUCUCCCCUCACAACCACCCCAAACUGCAAGCGUUGUGGCUGAAGGCGCACUACGUGGAAGCUGAGAAACUGCGGGGUCGGCCCCUGGGCGCUGUCGGCAAGUACAGAGUGCGACGGAAGUUUCCUCUGCCGCGGACCAUCUGGGAUGGCGAGGAGACCAGCUACUGUUUCAAGGAGAAGUCUAGAUCAGUGUUGAGAGACUGGUAUAGUCACAACCCUUAUCCUAGCCCUAGGGAGAAACGGGAGCUGGCUGAGGCUACUGGUCUCACCACCACCCAGGUCUCAAACUGGUUCAAAAAUCGACGACAACGCGAUAGAGCAGCUGAACAGAAGGACGGCACGGGCAGUCGUAGUCCCGGUGACGUCACGGACAAGGGAAGCUCGGCUCCUGCUCUCGACUCCAGUUCGUCAGAGUCGGUUGAUGGCGUCGAACUCAACCACAAAACGCCCUCCAUUGGAGUCCCUCACACCCUCCUACCACAGGACCCUCUCUCAGCACACCACGAUCUGUUCGCGAGCGGAGUGGCUGGAGGCGGCGGCCUCGGAGUGGGAGGCGGAGGAGGGAUGCUGGGAGGUGCCACGGCGGGAGGGAUGGGCAGCAUGCUACCCGGACUCGAGAUGAAGCCGAGCGUAGCGAGCCUGCAGGCGACCGUCAUGUCCAAUGCAGCUGCCGCUGCUGCAGCUGCAGCCUACCCCGACACAAGUUUGCUGCACGACUAUCACUCCUUGUGACAGUGGGCCGCUGGCUAUAACUAUGGCCAGUGACAACGCUUAUCUAAUCAUCUGUCUCCUCUUGGACAAUCCUAACUCUAGUGCUACUGCUCUCUUGAUCGAUUCAAGUCACAACCUCAUCAUCCUUACAUUACAACUCUAACGACUUUGUCAUGAGCAUCUAAACUUGUUGCAUUGAGUAUUAAUGCUCAAGACAUCAUCACCUUCAGGUGGAAUUCCUACGCGACUACUCUAGCCGCACUAAAGUGCUUGAUUACACUACACACUACACUGUAUUGUAGCUACAGCCGAGCACUCUAGUGCGUUACAGUCGUCACUUUGGAAUUCUACCUUUUAAAGGUCCAAUUCCAAAGUGACAGCUCUAGCUGCGCUAUAACUGUAUCAACAGCUAUAGUAUAUCAUUGUAUAUUAUUGCGUAGUCUAAAAUAAUAUUCAUUUUUUCGACUAUAGCAGUCAGAGCAGCUGAUACAGCACUGGUACAGUCGUUGCUUAGGAAUUGCACAUGAAGAUGGCAACUUACGAUUUUGUCAUGUGCAUCUGAACUUGAUACACUGUUCUUAAUGUAUCAUUAAUUGUAAUACUCAAGGCAUUAUCCUUAGGUGACAAGUUACGAUGCUGCUAAGAGCAUUUAAACUUGAUGUUUGUAUAGGUCAAACAAUAUCAAAUAGAUUAUUCCACGAUUUCUGUCGUGACUGAGGUUAUGAACUUUGUAUUGAACUAUGUGAUUUGAAUUCAAUCUUCAUUUGAAUGUCUUGUUAUCUAGAGCCCUGCUUGACAAUAAAUGUCUACUUUGAGCGAAGUAAGAAUAGCAUUAGUUCUUAUGGGAGUGUUCACACUAUGGUAAACUGCAAGCGUGUGAGCACUCCCAUAUUAUAAGAAUCAGUGGUAUUCUCUUUCUGUAUAACAGAACAUAAAUGUAUUGAAAAGCAAUUUUCAAUUUAAAGAUUUAAACUUUACUUCCAAUUGAAAAACUUUCCUUUUGUAUUGCUGCAUAGUGGAAUGAAAACACGAAAAAUGUCUGGUUCUACUUGCAUAGCAUGAUUUAUUGGAAUAAGGACAUGAGUCUCAGAUGACAACUGACAAUAUGAGCCAAGCCAAAUAAACAGUUUUUGCACUGGAGUCGGCAGGGCAGGAAGCUCUCCGAUUGGCAGAUUAUCAGCCAGUUCCAGAGCGCCAACCCCAUCAGCCAAUUAGAGAGCUUCUUGCCCCUGCGAUUUGUCCGCCGCCAGUGCAAAAACGGCUAAAAACGCUUCAUGUGGCUUGGAAAUUAGUCAUGAGUACUGAAACAUGAUUUUUCAUGAAAAUUAAACUUUAGUAUUAGAGAAAUUAAACAUAAUUUUACAAUUGAUUCAUUUAGAAAUCAGAAGAGACAACUUGAUAUAUUGUGAUAUCAGAUUAUUGAACUCUCUACUCAAACUUUUCAAUUUCUACAACAGCACGAAUCUUCAAAUCGUCUAUAUAAUUAUCAAGAGCUUUACAUAGUGUUACAAGUUUUUUUUGUGAGUUUAAAGUAGUUAAUGAAAGGAAGGUCUAGCCACAGCGACAGCUGAAAGACUCACUCAUUCUAUGGUGGAAAUUUUAUGAUUUAAUGAAUUAUUGUAAUAGAUAAAAUAUAUUCACGGUUCUAUUCUAAUAAUGUAAGUUUUUUUUUAAUUCAACUGAGAGAGAUUCACAUUGUUCUCAUCCGAAGACCAAUGAUGUUUCUAUGGUGAUUUUGUUUGGGAAUUAUGAAUUCAUAAAAAACCGCAAAACAUCAACUUGUUUCUUUGUUAUAUCUACUCGAAUCAAGCAUGUAAUAUUGGCCAAAUUUCAUCAACACAUAAGCAAAAAUCUCUUUGUAAUUUUAGAACAGUAGGAUUGGUUCUGAAAAGUAAACUCCUAUGGCUUAUUGUUGGUGAGGGAUCCUUUGCGGGAUUCUAAAAAAAAUGUUUCUGAUAGUAUCAUUAUUAUUAGGUAAUUUCUGUUACUAGCCAAAAAGAUUUCACUCAUUUUAAGAUGAAUCGUUUCAAGUGAUUUGGGAGUGAAACUUUCAAUUACUAAAGUAUUUAUAGUAUUAAUACGAAUGGUGUUUUAUGCAAGAGGUUCAACUAAUCGUUAAACGAUGGUUAUUUUAUUGCUUUAAACGAAAUAAUAUGGAGUGUCUGAAGCCAGAGUAGGUCAAAACCAAAGAGAAGAGGGGACAGAAACCAGUGAAUGGACUUUUGGAGUGGAAUCUAGUGAUUUAGCUUUAGUGAACUUUACCCGUCCUGUGAGAUCAAGUUGGAAUGCAUUUUAGCUUACAUGUAAAGUACUAACUCAAUUUGUAAACAUUGUGAUCUUGUUGAAGAUUUAGCGAAAUAAUCGAUUGCUAUUGUGUUAAGAUAUAUAUUUAAACUUCUCUAAGUUAGCUUUGAAGGACAAUUUUUCUCAAGGACUCAACCGCUUUAAAGCCCGCUCAACAUUCAUGACUCAACUGUAACAAGGAAUGUAAUUUGCCUGUUAAAUUAUAUAUGAUUAUGAGUAACCAUAAUAGAUGUUGAUAUUUAAUUAUUUUCAUUGAUCUUCCAAUAAAAUUCAUAGUCUAUUGAAUAAUAUAAACUUUUCGAUCUCAACUUCUCCUAUAUUCUAAGUUCAAAGUACGUUAUUGUAAAUAGCUUGAUAGGUAUUUUAAGAUUGUAUUAUAAACCUAUGUUCAGCACUUUCGCUGUUAUGGAUGCAAUAAACAAGCUAAAGUGCAUUUCGACUUUUGUAUACUAUUUAUAAUUUAUUCAUAUUGUAAAUACUGUAUAGCUUUUAAAAGAGAAAUACGAAUAUAUUAUUAGUAGAAUGUAUGAACUGAAUGUGUUAUUUAUAUAAAAUAUAGACGCGUAAUAAAGCUUUUCAGACCCUGCUUCUCUACACCUUGGAUAAUUGGUGAUUCGAGCAUAAUAAUGUAUUGAUUUGAAUUCGCUGUAAAUAUUUUUGAAGAAUAAUAUUAUUGUAAAUUGAUUACUAAAUA